GCCUCUCAGUUCGCCGAGCGCGGCCGGUCACCUGAGGCUCAAAGGGCAGCCGCUUGGCGGCGGGGCUGGCGGUUUCGCCCGCAAAGACAAGAGACCGGACUAGGACGCCAGCUGCCGGGAGCCGACUGAGUGCGGGGCCGGCCGGCGCUUGUCUGCGGCGGAGGAUGCGGGAGCGCAUCUGGGCGCCGCUGCCGCUGCUGCUGCCCUGUCUACUGCUGCCGCCGCCGCUGUGGGGUGGCCCCCCGGACGGCCCGCACCAGAGGCGGGAGCCCGAGCCCGGGCCUCUGCAGCCCUUCGACCUGCUCUACGCCAGCGGCGUGGCCGCUUACUACAGCGGGGACUACGAGCUGGCCGUGCGCGACCUGGAAGCGGCGCUGCGCAGCCACCGGCGCCUGCUGGAGAUCCGCGCGCGCUGCGCCCGCCACUGCACCGCGCGCCGCCCGCUCGCGCCCCCGGGCGCCGGCCCCGGGGCCGAGCUGCCCUUCUUCCGCUCGCUGCUCGAGCGGGCUCGCUGCUACCGCAGCUGCCAGAGCCAGCGCCUCGGGGGCCCCGCGUCUCGCCACCGUGCCAGCGAGGAUGUGCGCAGCGACUUCCAGCGCAGAGUGCCCUACAACUACCUGCAGCGGGCCUACCUCAAGCUUAACCAGCUGGAAAAGGCAGUGGAAGCAGCCCACACAUUUUUCAUGGCCAACCCGGAGCACAUGGAAAUGCAGCAGAACAUUGAGAAUUACAGAAUGAUGGCGGGUGUUGAAGCCCUCCAGCUGGUGGAUCGAGAAGCAAGACCACACUUGGAAAGUUAUGGUGCAGCAGUUAAACAUUAUGAGACCGAUGACUUUGAACUAGCUAUCAAGUACUUUGAACAAGCUUUAAGAGAGUAUUUCAAUGAAGAUAUGGAGUGCAGAGCCCUGUGUGAGGGGCCUCAGAGAUUUGAGGAGUAUGAGUACUUAGGAUAUAAAGCUGGGCUCUAUGAAGCCAUUGCAGAUCACUACAUGCAGGUGCUGGUCUGUCAGCAUGAAUGCGUGAGGGAACUUGCCACCCGCCCCGGCCGCCUCUCCCCUAUUGAGAACUUUCUUCCCCUGCAUUAUGACUACCUACAGUUUGCCUACUAUCGAGUUGGCGAAUAUGUGAAAGCUUUGGAGUGUGCCAAGGCCUAUCUUCUAAUCCAUCCAGAUGAUGAGGAUGUUCUAGACAAUGUGGAUUACUAUGAGAGUAUUUUGGACGACAGCAUUGACCCAGGAUCUAUCGAGGCCAGAGAGGAUUUGAUGAUGUUUGUGAAGCGUCAUAAACUGGAGUCAGAAUUAAUAAAAUCAGCGGCAGAGGGUCUGGGAUUUUCAUACACUGAGCCGAAUUAUUGGAUUCGAUAUGGAGGACGACAGGAUGAGAAUCGGGUCCCUUCAGGAGUGAACGUGGAGGGAGCAGAAGUUCAUGGAUUAUCAAUGGGGAAAAAGUCAUCACCCAAGUUAGACCGAGAUCUAAGAGAAGGUGGCCCUCUCCUAUAUGAAAACAUCACGUUUGUCUACAACUCAGAGCAGCUGAAUGGGACACAGCGUGUUCUCCUGGACAACGUGUUGUCAGAAGAACAGUGCCGGGAGCUGCACAGCGUUGCCAGUGGGAUCAUGCUUGUUGGUGAUGGAUACAGAGGAAAAACUUCGCCUCAUACACCCAAUGAAAAGUUUGAAGGUGCAACUGUCCUGAAAGCACUCAAAUUUGGUUAUGAAGGCCGCGUCCCCCUCAAGAGCGCCCGUCUGUUCUAUGACAUCAGCGAGAAGGCUCGAAAGAUUGUAGAAUCCUAUUUCAUGCUGAACUCAACCCUGUAUUUUUCCUACACGCACAUGGUCUGCCGAACAGCCCUGUCUGGUCAACAAGAUAGAAGAAAUGAUCUCAGUCAUCCCAUCCAUGCGGACAAUUGCCUGUUGGACCCGGAGGCCAAUGAAUGCUGGAAGCAGCCACCUGCUUACACAUUUAGGGACUACAGUGCUCUCCUGUACAUGAACGACGACUUUGAAGGGGGAGAAUUCAUAUUCACUGAGAUGGAUGCCAAGACUGUGACCGCUUCUAUAAAACCAAAGUGUGGACGUAUGAUCAGCUUCUCAUCUGGAGGAGAGAACCCGCAUGGGGUGAAAGCAGUCACCAAGGGCCAGAGGUGUGCUGUGGCUCUGUGGUUUACCUUGGACCCACUUUAUAGAGAAUUGGAGCGAAUACAGGCUGAUGAAGUGAUCGCCAUCCUGGAUCAAGAACAACAAGGGAAGCAUGAACUGAAUAUCAACCCCAAAGAUGAGCUAUAAAAAAUGAGAGAGUGUCCUAUCAGCUAUUUAUUUAAAUUGUUAAUCUUAUGAGAACCUUUUUUAUUUUUGUACAGAGCCGUGGUAUAAGUUAACAGGUUAAUAAGAGUCACCAGAUCUCCCUUCUGCUCUUAAAGACCCUCGCUUUGCCUCACUCAGUCUAUCUGUCUUGGUUUUUCGUCAGGUCAUUUCUCAAAGCCCAGUCACAAUGCCCGCCCCUGCCGCCACUGCCCCCAACACACAUACAGUUCAUUUGCUGCAGAUCCUAAAGCUCAAGCAGUAAGAAUAAGCCUGUUCUUGUUCAAACUACAACUGUGCUCCACUUCUAAAGAUAGCAUGUGAUUUGGACUCCGAAGGCCUUUCUGGCCCUGUGUUGUUUAGUCCUGGUCUCUCCCAGGGCUGGCAGCCCUGGGUUUGACUCUGGGGAGUCCAUGGCAAGAUUGGAACUGCAUCAAGUGGGGGUCUUUGGGCCCCCAGGCUCUGUGGAGGAACUGCUGUGAUGAGUACUGCGUAAGACGGAGGGGUUCGGCCUUUCCAGGGCAAGGGUGGUGCUUUCGAUUCCAGUAUUUACAGCGGACAGAACACCUAACACUGGAAGCUUCCAUCCCCCCUCCCCACCAUGGUGCGCCAGAAAAGAUGGCCCUGGGAGUUGUGUCUUUAAAAAGGUGGUGUGGGGGAGUUCCCAUCGUGGCCCAGUGGUUAAGGAAUCAGACUAGGAACCAGGAGUUUGCGGGUUCGAUCCCUGGCCUUGCUCAGUGGGUUAAGGAUCUGGCAUUGCCGUGAUCUGUGGUGUACGUUGCAGUUGCGACUUGGAUCCUGCGUUGCUGUGGCUGUGGUUUAGGCCGGCGGCUACAGCUCUGAUUCGAUCCCCUAGCCUGGGACCCUCCAUGUGCCGUGGGUGUGGCUCUAGAAAAGACAAAGAGACAAAAAAAAAAAAAAAAAAAAAAAAGGUGGUGUGGGGGUUGAAGUAGAAUGGAGCUUCAUCCCAUUCUGUUCCUUCCCAAGAACCCCCGUCUCAAGACUGGCUUCUUCAUUCAAUGACUUGGGAAGAAAAUCUUUACUCCCACAUGAAUUGGGGCCCCAUUGUCACAUUGCCUGAGAGUGGGGUCCAUGGGUGAGAAGCGGUGUUCUCUUCUUCAGUAAGAAAAAUGAAUUUCUGAUUGAUCCCACUCUCCAUUGAUGUGUAUUUUGGCAGCCCCUCCUCUUUGCUGCUUUCCAGCUCGUGGAUUUGAGUGCUUGUAUCUGAUUUGUUUAAUAAAGGGAGUUUUAUUUUAA